UUUUUGUAACUGGUAAUGUGAAGAAACUUGAAGAAGUUCAGGCAAUUCUCGGAACAACGGUUGAGUUAACUCACCAUAAACUUGAUUUGAUCGAGAUACAGGGUACAAGUCGUGAAAUUUCCGCAGAUAAAUGUCGACGCGCCUCUAUUGAGCUAAAUGGACCUGUCAUAACUGAAGAUACUUGCCUUUGCUUUAACGCCUUGGAAGGACUUCCGGGACCAUAUAUAAAAUGGUUUUUAGCUAAAUUAAAUCAUGAUGGUCUAAACAAAAUGUUAUCUGGAUUUGAAGAUAAAACAGCAUAUGCUUUGUGCACGUUUGCAUAUUGUGCUAAGCCUGGUACAGAACCAAUAUUAUUUGAAGGACGUACAGACGGCAAGAUUGUACCUCCACGUGGCGCAAAAGAUUUUGGGUGGGAUCCAAUUUUUCAACCUGACGAAUUUGAUCAUACAUAUGCUGAGAUGUCUAAGGAAACCAAAAAUUCAAUUUCACAUCGGUACAAGGCCUUAAAUAAAUUGAGAGACUUUCUUAUCACUAAUAACUUGUCUCAAAAAUAG